GCCAAUGCACGGGCGGGGAGGCACAGCCGGGGAAGGAGCCGAGGAAAACAUCAAUCCCAACUUUCUCACCUUGACGGGAACCGAGCGCUCCCGAUGUGUCCCCUCCUGCCGCCCUCCCUGCCAGCCCAGCCACCCAAGGAGGGCCGUCCGACGGCCGGGGCUCGCCGCGCCAGUUGUCCCCUGUCCCUGGAGGGGAACAAACCCGAGUAGGGGGGUGCUCCUGGGUACGGUCCCGCUCGGUCCCUGCUGCCCGGGGCGGGCCGCGGGCAGGGGCGGCAGCGCGGCGGGGCUGGAUGCGGCUGCCAUGGGGCGCGGGGCUCCCCUCGGACCGUGCCUGCUGCGGGCAGUGCUGCUGCUCGCCCUCUGCCCCGCCGCCGGCAGCACCUGGAUGUGGCUGGGCAUCGCCGCCGCCGGCGGGCCCGAGAAACCGGGCUGCGCCAGCCCUCCGCUGAGCCGCCGGCAGCAGGACCUGUGCGAGCAGAAGCCGGAGCUGAUGUCCGCGAUCCGGGAGGGAGCGCGCCUGGGCCUCCAGGAGUGCCGCAGCCAGUUCCGACACGAGCGCUGGGACUGCCGCUCGCCGCCCGCCGCCCGCCGAGGCACCGCCGCCCGCCGAGGCACCGCCGCCCUCGGGCAGCAGCUCAGCAGCGGCACGAAGGAGACGGCGUUCGUCUCGGCGGUGACAGCGGCGGGGCUGGUGCACUCGGUGACGCGCUCGUGCAGCGCGGGGAACAUGACCGAGUGCUCCUGCGAUGUCACCCUGCGGCACGGUGGCUCGGCCAGCGAGGGCUGGCACUGGGGCGGCUGCUCGGACGACAUCCACUACGGAAUGUCCUUCAGCAGAAAGUUCCUGGACGCGCCUCUCAAGAACGUGACAGGCAAGAGCGGGAGCGGGCUGGUGGCGAUGAACCUGCACAACAACGAGGCUGGCAGGCAGGCUGUAGCAAAGCUGAUGUCUGUGGAUUGCCGUUGUCAUGGUGUUUCUGGGUCCUGUGCGGUGAAAACUUGUUGGAAAACCAUGUCAUCCUUUGAAAAGAUUGGCCGGUUUUUAAAGGAGAAGUACGAAAACAGCAUACAAAUAUCAGACAGACUGAAAAAAAAGCUACGCAGGAAAGAGAAAAGCCAGAGAAAAAUACCGAUUGGGAAAGAGGACCUGCUGUACGUGAACAAAUCACCCAAUUACUGCGUGGAAGACCAAAAACUGGGGAUCCCUGGAACUCAGGGCAGAGAAUGUAACCGCACCUCGCAGGGGCCCGAGGGCUGUAACCUGCUGUGCUGCGGGCGCGGGUACAACACGCACGUCGUCCGGCACGUGGAAAGGUGCGAGUGCAAGUUCGUCUGGUGCUGCUACGUGCGCUGCAGGAGGUGCGAGACCAUGACUGACGUACACACCUGCAAGUAAGGUGAAGUACGGGAAACACGGCCAAAGCAGCCAGCCCCUGCGGUGCACAGAGCUGCCCUGCCGCGGGGGCAGCAAUCACUGUCACCGUGUGGGAUUCCCGAGGGAUCGGCCGCGGGGGGAACAGGUACUGCCAGACUGUGGGUAGUCCAAGCAUGCCUCGACUGAAAGGACAGCUGAGUAAACAUCAGGCUGCAUGCAGGGACAGCUUCAACAGCAAAAAGGACUCCUGAUGACACAUUGGAACGUGUGAGCAGAGACAGAUGCUAAACUUUUCAAGUAUUUAAUAGACACAAUGUCCCGAAGAUCCGUGUGGUGGGUAGGCACAGUGGAGAAAUCUCAAGAUCUCAUUAGCCAGAGACUGAAGAGUUAAGAGACUUUGUAAAACACAGUAGACAUAGUUCUUAUGUCUGUGCUUUUAAAACUGGGACUAGAUGGAUUCACUACAUAGUUCAUUUCUGCAGAAGAACCCACAAAGAUAGGGAAAGAGUUCAGCUGUUGACCACAAAGCAUUUGCUUUGCAGCCGUUCAGGAAACUGCCUUCUGCAAAAUGUGCGGAAAAGCAUUGGAAAGUGAGGGGUGUGUGGGACUGCAGAGAGCUCAGCAGUGUCUGCCUGGAAAAGGAGGGUCAAGCUGUGCCCAGAGGACAGAGGCAGGAGUACAGACUGUUGAAUGUGAAUGGGGCACCAAACAGCAACCUCAGGGUUUUUAACAGGUUGUCCUUCAAACACAGAAGGGACAGGUCUGAGAAGGGACAAAAACACAGUUUGAUAUUUGAAGGAAAUAAAACCCUCUGCAGGCAUUUCCUGAGUAUCUGAGCAUACAUUUUGGGAGUCAGCUGGUUGUCACCCCAUUCUUGAAUUCUAUGCAAUAACCUGCCACAUUCAACCAUCUCACUGGUGGUUCACCGUCAUUAUCAAAAUUAACCACAUGAGAUUUAGCCCAAAGGAAUCUGCCACAAAGCAAAGGAUUUUUUAAAACAGAUUUUCUUUAUAGAAUCAGCAGCUAGAAUUUUUCAUUAGGUUGCAUCCUCAGUAAGUUCAGUGCACAAUAUAAUUUAUGGAUUCGCUCAUACCACUAAAAUAUUUAAUCUGUUAAUGAUAACACUUUCUCCAUAUGUUGGCCUAAUUUUAUUUUACAUCUGUGAAAGGUUGUUUAUUUUUAUGCAGUGAUUUAAUGCCUGGCUUAAAAAGCAUCAUGUGAAAGGAUUACUGUUGUUUAAUUGCGCAAAGAACUAUUUUUGAUAAGAAAGUUUAUAUUUUGUAAAUAUUUAAAUUAUGCAAGUUAUGUAAAAGGUUUCCACAACUAAUGUGAUAAGACUACAGCCUUUGAGAUUUGUUGGUUAGAUAUUUGUUGAUAAUUGUAGUAGCCUUCAAUUGAAUUUUGUUUGCAUGUGCUGGGGGAAAUUAGUCAGAGAACUGCAUAAAUGUUAGGGUUUUUAAUCAUCAGGGUGGUUAUAACUAUUGCAGUUCAUACACACUGAUGAGAAACACAAGAUUUUCUAAAUGGUCAGUUAAUUAGUAUUCUGCAUACUUUCUUUUUUAUUAUUCUCUUAAAUGCAUUUUACAAACACUGAAAUCCCAGCUCCAGCAGUAAGUACUCCCACUGAAAUCCAGGGAAUUUGAAAGGGUUUGCAAUCCCUUAACUUCUUCCAUACUAACAGCCAGCUUUUAGAAACUUGGGACAGUUUGGCCGAGGCUUUCAAAGUUACUUUGAAGAAUUAAUUUCCCAGUGUCAUCAGUCAUUUUCCCAGGAAAGAUGGUGACCAGAUUCUGAACUGUCCCUCGUUAUUGGAUGUGUAAAUCAGAAAGAAGGAAACAAAAUCUUCUGUGUUGUGGUAUUUCACUGCCUUAUGUGGAUUAUUUUAGGAACGUCCGUUCAGCAACAAUGAAGUCCAUUAUCUGCUAUUUGGGCCUUUACUCCACAUUUGGCCAGUCCAUCUCCAUUGGCCUGACCAAAUUAUUAUCUUGGGAUCACAAAAAAAUCUGCUGUCUGUGGGGAAGGGUGCUCAGCAUGCCAGUAAGGCACUGUCACAGGAGGUUUCAACACCUUCUCUGUGAAAACUUGGAUAUAUCACAGUGGAAGACCCUGAAGAGAGAGCUGUGAGCCCAGGUUGUUUCAGCAGUGAAAAUAAACCCACAGGCUCCUCAGGCUGUGCCACAGGACCGAUUGGCAGCAUGGAUGGGAGAUGACUGAACAGCAUUAAGUCCUGCCAGAACAGUACCAUACUCUCUGCUGAGACCAUACUCGGGAUAAUACAAUUUUUGACACCUAAAAUAACCCUGAAAUAUUAUUUAAACUCAGUAGUUUGUUGUUUUGGAUUUUGUUUUGUUUGGGGUUUUUUUCCUGUUCAUUGAUCACAAGAUCAGCAGGAGAAAGAGAAUUAAGCAGCUGCUUUGGCUGCCUACAGGGAUGAGAAACUUCCCAGAGGAUGGAGUGAUUUCCAUGCAUUUUACACUGCAGACAAUGUAGGACUAUUACAGUGCUCUGUGCUGAUCCCUACCUCUCUCCCUAUAUAUUCUAGUUCCCUGAAACAGAGUUUUCAUAUCUGCAUACUUCAAAUGAUAAUAAACAGAUGAUGUUCAUUUUAUUAGCUAAUAUACUUAACACAAGUUGUAGUUAUGUAUGUGGUGGGUUAGGUCAUUUUGAGGCAUCUAUGAGAACUAAGACAUAAAUCAAGAAAUCCACCAAGUUUUUCAAUGGGGUGAUUGAGCUGCAAAAACCUGGGAACUUGAGACUGUACUGAUAAAAAGAAUGGUAAACAUUCAAGGCUGAAAAGGAUAAUUAAAGAAGAUUGCUAUAGCAUUUGGUAGGAAAAAACAUUUGUAAUCUAUGUUCCUCAGAGGAUAGCACUCUCUUCCACUGCCAUCCAUCAGGCUCAAAAAGGAGUCAUGAUUCCUCCUCAGUCUGGAGUGUCUUUCUUCAUGUCUUUGCAUGAGCCUGUUGCUAUAUCAUGCUAUGGACAGCACCCUAGGAAAGGAACAGACCUUUCUGAGGCAACAGGUGAUUACAGAUUUAGAGAUUAUAGCAACUGAAAUACAAGAUUAAAGGAACUGGUUUGUGUGUUCUGGAGAGGAGAACAUAGGACAAGGAAGAAUGUAAAACGAUACCUAAGCGGACAGUCAUCCAUUUUUAACUUACCAAAAAGUAUUAAUUUUAAGCUAAGAAGAUUGGGACAGCACAUGAGCCAACCCAGCUAGAUGGACAGUCAAGCACGGGCAGUGAUAUCUGAGGAAUCUGUUUUAACCUGAGUCUAUGAAGGAUGCCUUAGAUCUUUGUAGCCUUGAAAGGGAUAACUACAGGGGCAGCAAGGAGGAACUAAAAGUGACUUAAAUGUUAUCAGAAAUGCAAAGAAGCAUCUCAAGUAGAGCAUGUUCCCUCUCGCCAUUCUUCACUUUUUCGGCCCCCAGGGAGGCAGGAGCAGGGUGUGGCUGAAGCUCAGGAGUUUGUGCCCGCUGGCCUGUUGCUCCGAGGCUGAGAAGCAGGGUCCCUUGCAUCCCUUGUACAGCAUCAGGAGCCCCUGAUACCACUGAACAGGUCAAGAGCUGUUCUCACUUUUCUGCUUCAGCCUCAAAGUUCCCAUCUAGCCUUACAGGUUUCUUCAAGUUUUUUUAACAGGCCCCUUGCAUUCAGGCUAGGCUAUGGCCUUACAGCCUUAAAACUGAAGAGGAUUUCAUCAAUACAAAGUCCUUUGCUUAGUAUCCAUCUUAGCCAUAACCUAAGUCAGAUAGGGAGGCACUGCAGCCCUUCCCUUACACAAGAAACUCAGUCAGCACUUACGGUGGCAGUAUUACUUCCCCUUUUCAAAUUACCCACCUGGCCUCUUAUUUUAUUAAUACACUUAUUCUUGAAAAACACUCAGACUGCAGAAAACCCAAACAGUUCAGGAGACAUUACAUACACAUCAAGCAUUUAGCAGUCAAUUCAACCUUUGAGGAAACUAAGUGCCACAGUAAGACAUCUAGAAAGCAAAACAUGCUGCGCAAAAUAAACUUUUUUCCAAAGUGGCAAUCAGGAAACUAAGGCUGUAAAAGGGUCAGCUUUUCCCAGAGGUGGGGAAAAAAAAGCUGGAUCAUGAAAGACACUAGGGAAGGUCCAGAGAGUACAUCAAGGCAGAGACCCCCUUCAGUUUCUUUCUUAGAACUCCUAUUAAUUAAAGCACCAAUAGUAGAACAGUUGAGAACUUUACAUUGAAGUCAUCUUCAGUUGCCUUGAACCCCAGCUUGGUUUUCCUUGGUGAAGAUUAGGUUGAAACCUUCUUGUGUCCUUCCCCCUCUCUUCUCACAGUUCUACUUUUUGAGGCAGACAUACCUCACAAUCUUUCUCUUCCCUUCCCUUGCUGCUCUGUUCUCAACAUGCCUGCAAGAUGCUACAAAUGUUCCCAUCACCUAUGUUUCCAUCUAGGAAAAUAUGGAUCCUGGAGCUUUGUCACACACAGGUAUUUGUGCACCUGUACCUUCAUCUUUGCAACUGAUUUCCUAUCCCCAGCUGGAGAGAGACCAAAAUAGUCAUCUUUGUGCUUGGCAACUCAAAUGAAAUGCAGAUGGAUUACCAGAAAGUCCCACUGAUUUCAGAGAGUUUAUCUCAGCAGCAGGAUUCUGUAACUUGUUCACUCAAGGCAGAGAAGGCAGGACCAGAUCUUGCAGCAAGUCAAUAGAGCAGGAUGAUGGAGAAAAGCAAGGAGACCACUGGAGUGUGGCCACUCCAGUACAACUUCUAAAUAUUUGGCAAGAGUCUUAUUAAAUACAAUACCAUACAGCUUUGAGGACACGGCUUAGAGAGUAAUAGGAAGAUUUUCAUCAAAAUUUUAAGACUCAAAUUAUUUAAAAUGCAACAAAAAUAAAUUUACCAUUUCAUUGUUUUAAAAUACAUUGUUUAAAAAGCUUGUUGCAGGUACAACUUUAAGGGGUUAAGAGAAUUAUGAUAUCUUUACUCAACUUGGAUUGCUAAUAAAGGCACACAUUCUCCAUUAAA